AUGGAACUACGUAGAAGAAAUGGAACCGGAACUACGGAAGUGGAGGAGGUGAUGGGGUUAGAAGUUAGAAGUAAUGGGACUAAUGGAACUAUGUAG